AUGAAAUCUGCAAUCUUCGCUGCUGGCGCAUUGUUCGCAACCGCCGCCAUCGCUCAACCUCACGGUCACCAACAUCAAAAGCAUCAUGUCAAAAAGGCCGAGCCUCCGGUGGUGAUCGUCACCAUGUACGAAUCUACCACCACCACCAUCGGCGUUACUACUACGAUCUGGGUUACAGAGGGUGAAGCUGCUCCAACUCCUGAAGUCAAACCUGCCCCUACUACUGCCGCUGCCAACCCAUCUCCACUCGAUGCAAACUUCUUCGAGCAGGGGAAGCAGCAACCAUCCUCCACUUCCGUCUCUGUAGCGCCUACUCCAAAAUCGGAUCCUCUACCACCACCUCCUUCAGCGACCACCUUGGUCACUUCAGCUGUCGCAAGUGUUGCGCCAGUUGUGUCCGUUCCUCCAGUCGUUAAUGCACCACAAGCUCCUCCAGUUAAUGAAGCGGCCCCAGUUCCGUCUCCAGUCUCAACGACCGCCGUUGCACCAGCUGCAACUUCAGCUGCCCCAGCCGCUAAUUCACCAUCCUCUGGCUCAGGAGCCGGCGCUCUUCUUGGUGACCGAGGUGGAGCUACUGUUUCUGGAGGUCAAUGUACCCAAGCCAGCCCUUGCACUGGUAAAUCAACCUACUACGACACUGUUGGAACUGGGUCUUGUGGAAAGGAUGUGGAUGGCACCAAGGUUCCGAUUGUCGCAAUGGCCAAGGGUCUCAUGGAGCAGAAGGAAGGUGCCAACCCCAACAACAACCCAUACUGCAACAAGGGCGUCACCAUCUCGUACAACGGCAAGACUGUCAAUGCAUAUGUAUUUGACAAAUGCCCGGGCUGUGACGGCAUGUCUCUUGAUCUAUCCCACGCCGCUUUCGGCGCGUUGGCCGACGAUUAUUUGACCAUUGGACACGCGGAGAUGUCAUGGUGGUUCAACUAG